AUGGAUGGAGAAAAACUAGCUCGGGAAAUAGAGUCAUUCACUUUCAGAGAACGUACAAGUGACAGUUACUAUGAGAAUUUAAUUGAAGACGCUAUUCAAAAAACAAUAAAAGAAGGAGAGAUUUCUAUUAAACAUGAAUCAAAAAAUAAGGAAAUCGCAACGCAAAAAAUAGAUUUAGGAAAUAAGGUGGUAUCAAUCGCACCUUUGGAUGAAUUGAUAGAAAUUUAUAGCGGAGCAAUAGCCUGCUAUGCACUGCCGGGUUCAGAAUUAUUAGCACGUGGAUUUGCAAAUCGCUCGGCAGUACUAGCAAAUUUUGGAAUGUAUGAAGAUUCUUUGAAGGAUAUAGAAAGAGCAUUUGAAAUCGGGUAUCCAGAUAAUUUAAAGGCUAAAUUAUAUGCUCGCAAAGCAAAAAAUUUGCUAGCUCUUAAUCCAAAAAUGUGUCCUGAAGUUAAUGACUCCAUUACCCAAGCAAAUAUUUGGGUAGAAAAAAUGGAUGAUGAUAAUAAAAAAAAAGUGGAAGACAGCUUAGAUCAACUGAAGAUGAAAUCUUUCAAAGAACCUGUUAAAAAAUGGGAUGAUAGUUUAUUUUUGCCAAAAAUGACCAAUGAUAAUCCUAAAAUAUUGAGAGCUUCAAGCGCUAUUGAUAUCCGGCAGUCUGAGAAAUUUGGUCGACAUAUUGUAGCUACAAAAAAUAUUAAAGCAGGUGAAGUUAUUAUGACACACAAAGCUUAUUCAGCGGUACUAAUGAAUAAAUAUUGGCACACAUACUGUUGGAAUUGUUUAAAAUUUACUUGGAGUUGCGUUCCUUGCAGUCAAUGCGCCAAUGUCGUUCACUGUAACGAAAAAUGCCGCGAUGACGCCUGGCAGAAGAACCACGAUAUUGAGUGUCCUGUUAUCAAUGCACUUGUAGCUAUUGAUAAAAAGAUGAUCAAAAUGAGUCUUAUGAGUCUGCGAAUACUUGUAAAGCUUGUAGCUAUUGAUAAAAAGAUGAUCAAAAUGAGUCUUAUGAGUCUGCGAAUACUUGUAAAAGCUAUUAAAGAAUUCGGAACAGUAGAAGCAUUAUUCAAUAAAGUCCAAGAAAUUGAUCAAAUUGACGAUUCAAUUACAAAAUGUUUCACUCAGGGAGUGUUUGAUGAUACCAAAUAUGCAAGUGUAUACGCAUUUUUACGAAUAAAUUUUGAAGUAUGGAAAUCAAUAUUUUAUACUUGUAAAGCUAUCAAGAUACUUUUUAUUUUGGCUGCAACAACUGAUGUAUUCAAUAAAAAAAUUGAUAAGAUCCGCGAGUUAAAAAAUAUUAAUUUUGGAAAUUUUAUCGGAAAAUUACUGUUUCAACAUAUGGAAAUUGCUACAACUAAUUCCAUUGCGAUAAUGCCGAAUGACAACAAAGGAAAUACGGUAAAAGUCGAUAGCGUUUUAUUGCCACUUUUAAGUUCCCGAUGAAAAAAGAUUUUGUCUAAUCAUAUAUGAAUAUAUAUGUUCAUAUUUAUGAUCAUAUAUGAUUAUAUAUAAUCAUAUAUGAAGUUAUAUAUAAUCAUGCAUGAUUAUAUAUGGGGUCAUAUAUAAUUAUAUAUAAUUAUAUAUGACCUCAUACAUAAUUAGAUCUGAUCAUACCUGGCUGUUAUGAGCCCAUAUAUAAGUCUAUAUAUGAUCAGAUCUGAUUAUAUAUUAGUCUAUAUAUAAUUAGAUCUGAUCAGAUCUGAUUAUAUAUAAGUCUAUGUAUAAUUAGAUAUGAUCAUACUUGGCUGUUAUAACCCCAUAUAUAAUCAUACAUAAGUCUAUAUAUGAUGAGAUCUAUUUAUAUAUAAGUCUAUAUAUAGUUAGAUUUGAUCAUACCUGGCUGUUAUGGCCCCAUAUAUAAACAUAUACAAGUCUAUAUAUGAUCAGGUCUGAUUAUAUAUGAGUCUAUGUAUAAUUAGAUAUAAUCAUACCUGGCUGUUAUCACUCCAUAUAUAACCAUAUAUAAGUCUAUAUAUGAUCAGAUCUGAUCAUAUAUGAGUCUAUAUAUAAUUAGAUAUAAUCAUACCUGGCUGUUGUAACCCCAUAUAUGAUAAUAUAUGAGUCUAUACAUGAUUAGAUCUGAUCAGACAUGAUUGAUACAAACUCAUAUAUAAUUAGAUAUAGGCCUAUAUAUAAUUAGAUCUGAUCAGACAUGACUGAUAUAAACCUAUAUGUAGUUAUAUAUGUCUAUGUAUGUUUAAAUCUGAUCAGACUUCAUUGAUAUGAAAAAUAUAUAUAUAUAUAUAUAUACAUAUAUACAGGGUGAUUCAGAAUUACCUUCACAGCGGAAAAAUUUGAAUAGAGGAGACGAUUCUGAGCAUAAAGUUCCUUAGCCAUUUUUCAAAAUUCUCAAUAGUUUUUGAGUUAUUUAAAAUCUAAAUUGACCAAUCAAAGACAUGCUUUGAGAUUUAAAAAAAAAUAAAAAGAAUAAUAAAAAAGUUUGGCAACGCCGCAACAGUAAACUUCAAGUUAUACACUAUUUAUUUAAUUUAAAAAGUUCGAUUUGUCACAAAAGAGAAACAAAACACACAAUUACAACAUAAAAUAUAUUCGUAUAUUUUGUUUUAUCUUUUCUCUUUUUAUAGAAAGAAUUAUUAAUGGAAAAUAAUGCUUUAAUUAAAAAUAAAGCUUUUGGAAAUUCGACAAAACAAAAAUUACAGAUUUUUAAUUAUAUGAUGAGCAACCCAGAUUAAAAAAAGAAAUUUGAAAACUAAUUGAAUUAUGUUUUACCAGAAUAGAAGCAAUUUCAAAUAGACAAAUAUAUAGAUACACAUUAUUUUAAAAUCUUUUAUUCCGCUUGCUCUGUCUCGCUCAAGACUUUGCUAAGCGCUCAUUGUACGUCAUACAAAACAUAUUUGUAAAGAUCUCGCGGAUUGUCUUGUUAAACAUCAUCCAAGUGAUCUUUCUCGGCGAUUAGCUAUCUGACUAUCUCGCUAACGAUCUUGCUGGUGAUCUUUCUUAGAAUUUUGCUGGUGAUCUUGCUGAUGGUCUUGCUGGUGGUCUUGCUGGUGGUCUUGCUGGUGGUCUUGCUGGUGGUCUUGCUGGUGGUCUUGCUGGUGGUCUUGCUGGUGGUCUUGCUGGCGGUCUUGCUGGAGGUCUUGCUGGAGGCCUUGCUGGUGGUCUUGCUGAAGAUCUUGCUGAUGGUCUCGCUGGUGAUCUUUCUGAUGGUCUUGCUGAAGGUCCUGCUAGUGAUCUUUCUGGUGGUCCUGCUGGUGAUCAGCCAGAUGGUCAGCAAGAUCACCAGCAAGACCAUCAGCAAGACC